AGGUCUGACCAAAAUCAAAAUCCCUAACAAUGGAAGCUGCAGAUGAGAAAUUCGCCGGAUAAUUGGUCUUCGUCUUCCUCCUCCGGCAAUUGAAAAUGGAUCCAGAGCAGACCUUUAUUCGGGUGCAGGAGCGCUUUUCUGAGAUGCUCACCCCCAAUAUCAGAGCUAAGCUCGAGUACUUUUUCCUCUUAUUGGCAAUUACCCUCUUCUCUAUCCUCGUUGUUAUGCACGCCAAUUAUGUUCAGCAGCCUGGCUGUUCCAGUGAGUUCCCUAGUGCCAAUAUGUCUGAUGCCCAGCUUAUUCAGAUUAAGAUCACCAGCGCUGGCUUGUGGUCACAUAAUGAGCCCAUUAAUCACGAGAUAGACGCCUGUGUUAAAGAAACUGGCGCUGAAAGUGAAGAACCCACCAAUGUGGAUGGCGACGGUUCACCUCAUUUGGCCGCAGUUUCGUGGUUGAGCUGGAUAAGCUCUGAUGCAAACAUGGUGAAAUCUCGACUACAAUUUUGGAAGACUGACAGUGAUGUAUUAGAAUCCCAAAGAGAAAUUUCUAUCAGCAGUGAAAGGUUUAAGCCACCAUCUGAUGAUGUGAUAAUGAAAGUCAGUAAAGAUGUGCCUCGGAAUAAGUUUUUCGUUUCGCCAAAAGAAUCUCUUAGGGCGGCUAUAUUUCAUAUUGGUAGAAAGUGGCAUGGCCGUUUGUCUUUCUUUCUCAGAUUAGCAAGGCGAACUCUUGGAGGUUUAUGGGACAUUGCUGGUAUUAAUUUGAAUUUUGAUAUUCCCAAGUGGCUAAAGAUCUUACAUUUGGACAGGUUCAACUCCUAUGCAGUGCAGUGUCUAGAGAAGAGAAGCAAGGCAUUUGAACCAGCUUAUUUGUAUACCAUGGAAAAGGGUUAUUUUUUGUUGCCUGAAGAAGCUAGAUCAAGGCAUGGAAUUCAUGCAGUUAAUAUCAGUAUUUCAGCUCGACAUAAUUGCUUUGGCAAUCGGUGGCAGCAGUUGUUGAUAAACAGGGUAGUAGGAUAUGACACUAUUUUGAUGAAUAGUUUAUUGAAUUCACCUGGCCAAGGUUACCUUUACAAUUACCAAACAAAGGAGUUCUAUAACCUUACCUAUGCUCACGAGCAGCCUGAAAGUUCUGCAAAAUUCGGAGUUUCGUUUACAUUGAGAGAGACACAAACGCGUAUGCUGAAGUUUACAGUGCAGCUCCAGCAUCAUGCUCGACACAGGCUUCCAACCUUUCAACUGAUUUUUGUGCAUGUAAUAGAAUCGCUUGUUUUUGUGCCGAUAAUGAUUGGAAUACUAUUUUUUCUAUUUGAGUUUUAUGAUGAUCAGCUUUUGGCUUUCAUGGUCUUGAUUCUUGUCUGGAUCUGUGAACUCUUCACGCUUAUCAGUGUCCGUACACCUAUAUCAAUGAAGUUCUUUCCUCGGUUCUUUUUGCUCUACUUUUUAGUGUUUCACAUAUACUUUUUCUCCUAUACAUAUGGGUUUUCUUAUUUAGCUCUCUCAACUUCUGCUGCAUUUAUGCAGCACCUUGUCCUCUAUUUCUGGAAUAGAUUUGAGGUUCCUGCUUUGCAGAGGUUUAUGCAAAAUCGUCGUUCACAUUUCCAGCAACAUCCAGAUUUUCAUAUCACAUCUUCUACUAUUCUGGCAUCAACGCUACGCAUCACAAGAUUAAACACAAGGAACCCUGGAGCUGUAAACUCAGAUAUGGCCGCUGGACCUGUACCUCGAGGUGGGGGAACUCCAAGAAAUGCUCCAGCUGGUCCUGAGGAACAGCCCCCUAAUAGGUUAGGCAAUCCUCUGAAUCUUGGCGAACAACCUGUCCUUCGUCAGCCAGAGGGUGGAGGGAAUCCUGGGGCCAUGAGUUCGUUUAGUUCACUGCUGUUGUGGAUCCUUGGGGGAGCUUCAUCAGAGAGCCUCAACUCUUUCCUGUCCAUAUUUCGAGACUUCAGAGAUCAAGGUCAAGUUUAUGCAGAACCUCCGCAGCAAGAAAAUCGUGCACCACAGAACAAUGAAUGAGGUAUCCCUGGAUACCUAGUUUGCUCUCUAUUCAGUAAAGUAAAACUGCUGAUGCGCCCUCGGAUCAAUUCAUCACAGCUACAGUUUGUAUGAUACUGUCAAGACGGGAUUAACAAUCAACACAUGGAGCCAAAAUUUGAUGAGAGCAAUGUACCCUAAUACAUAUGCUAUUCUACUGUAAUAACAUGUACAUAGGCAAAUGGCCAAUUUCAGAAUUUCCAAGUAAAGCAAAAUCCUACUCAGUUUUGUGCA